ACAGGCGCUCCACCGAGAGACGCGCGCAUGAGCGCGCACCCUAAACCAACGCGCAGUGGGCCGCCGCUCCGUGUGACAAGAACAAACAUCCCCGGAGCUGGCAGCAGUCCUCGUGGCGUCGACAUCAACUCGAACAGCCGUGCAAUGUCAUUUCUCUGGAUAGUCGAGCGGCUGGACGUGCUCACCGCCCUUCUGCUUCUCGUUGUCACUUUAAUUGUUUCCGAUUAUGUGAUCAACAGGGCUCCUAAAAACUUCCCGCCGUGCCCCCCGGGGCUGCCAUUUGUAGGCAACGCGUUGAGCUUCGCCGCAGAGGAGCCGUAUGCCUACUUGUCAAAGCUUGCUGAGAAGUAUGGCAAUGUCUUCAGCCUCCGUCUUGGACAAAAGAAAACCGUUUUCCUCAACAGCUUUAAGAUGGUCAAGGAGGCGCUGGUCACUCAUCCAUAUGCCAUAAUCAACCGACCAGUGGUUCCAAUAUACAAAAUCAUUUAUAAAACAACAGGUAUAGGACUUGACAAUGACUAUAAAUGGAAGAUGCACAAGAAAUUCACAUUAAGCACUCUAAGAAACUUUGGAGUAGGAAGAAGGAGUUUAGAGUUCAUCAUUCUUGAGGAAUUGAAGGUCUUCAGUGAAGCUCUUAAGGAGAAGCAUGGGAAGCCUUUUGAUCCACAUAUGCUGACAAGCACCGCCAUCUCCAACGUCAUCUGCUCCAUGCUUUUUGGUCGGAGAUUUGAAUAUAGUGAUGCCCAGUUUGAUGAGCUAAUGCAUCUGAUCAACAGUGCUGUGUAUCUAGAAGGGAGUGUUUGGGCUCAGGCUUACAAUGCAUUCCCUGGAAUAAUGAAAUUUUUACCAGGGAGGCAUAAUGAACUCUUUUCAAAGUAUGCACAAGUCUUUGAUUUUAUGAGAAAUGAAAUUGAAGAACACAAGAAGGACUGGGAUCCUGCAGCUCCACGGGAUUACAUCGAUUACUACCUGUCUGAAAUCAAAAAGGGCAACAACGAUGUCAAUGGAUUCACCGAAGGGACCCUUACUGCAACAAUCUUUGAUCUCUUUGUAGCUGGGAGUGAGACCACUGCGACGACAAUCCUCUGGGCUCUGCUGUUCAUGGUGAAAUACCCAAAUGUGCAAGAAAAGGUUCAAACUGAAAUAGAAAGUGUUAUGGGACAAGACGGCCCUCCAUCGAUGGACAACAGAUCUCAGAUGCCAUUCACAGAGGCAGUCAUUUGUGAGGUGCAUAGGAUGGGCAAUGUGAUUCCUCUCAGUCUGACCAGAAUAACAAGUGACGAUAUCAGCCUUGGAGGAUAUCUGAUACCAAAGGAUACUACAGUGGUCAUUAAUCUGUCAUCUGUGCUUAACGACAAGAGUGAGUGGGAGACUCCUGACAUGUUUACUCCGGACCACUUUCUCGACUCAGAUGGAAAGCUCAUCAGGAGGGAUGCAUUUUUGCCUUUUCUAACAGGUAAAAGGACCUGUCUUGGGGAGACCCUUGCCCGCAUGCAGGUAUUUCUGUUCUUCACGUCUUUGCUUCAGAAGUUCACAUUUCGUGCCCCGGCUGGAGUUGAGCCAAGUCUGAAUGCUCAAAAUGGAUUCACGCGCAAUCCUGUUCCAUUCAAGGUGUGCGCCAUUCCUCGUGAUCAGGAUUAAUCGCUUACUGUUUUUAAGAUGAAGUAGCAUUUUUGUAUCAUUAACUCAGAAUAGUGUUUAUUUUAUUAAAUGUAAAUUAAUCAAAUUUUCCUUUAAAGGUCAAAAUUAAUUCUCUACUAUUUUUCACUAUGGCAGAAUGUUGCAGAUACUACUUGGUCAGCACAGCAGGAUUUACAAACUUCUUCCGGUCCCACAGCUUUUCCUGUGUGUGGCCUCCUCGGUUAUCUCCUCAGUAGUUAUGGACAGUCCAUACCGAUGGUCAGAAGAGGACUCAUCUCUGAUCAUACUAGGAGUAAAAUAUUUACAGGGAGCUGUUGAUGCAGCAGAGAUGAUGUGGGGGAGACUGGCCAUUUGGAAAAAGGUGGAGAUGGUAGGGAA